UAGAUGUCACGUCCAUGUCAAAAUGAAGACAAAUACAUUUCUUUCUCGUAUCCUCCUUCCCCCCUGGAAAGUUGGGUUGGAGAGGGGACUGUCAGUAUCACAUGGAUAAGUGACUGUUCGCUACACUUUGCUGAGCCUGCCCUCCCUUUGUGGAUGUUGUGUCUUGUUCUUUUUUCUCCCCCUCUCUCUUUGUCUCUUUCCUUCCUCACUUUACCUUGUUGUAGCCAAAGCUUUUCAAGCUGCCAGUUCGACUCUGGGCAUCCUGGAGGGACUGCAGAGCCCACACACACAUACACACUCAUAUACAAGUGUGCAAUCUGGGAGUUUUGUAAUAACAAUACUUUUUGUUGUCUAUAUUGUUGUGUAUUUUUUUCUCGUUUGUUGCUUGUGGGAAGACUUCUCUGCACUGAGAAGCAGCACUUUAUUUUAUUUUUCUCGGUUCGUGUUUUCGCUUUCAUUUCUUGUGACCGGCACAAACUUUCCUGAGAGAGGAAGCUGCGAGGAGCUGCUGAGAGUGGUGGAGGAAGCUGGGGGAUCCUCAUGCUGUUUUGGGGGAGGUAGAGGGCAGGCUAGGCCCCAGACCCUGAGCCACAUCUGUGGAUCCUCAGACACAAAUGUCUGUGGAUCCUCCAAUCAUAAAAUCCUGGGAACAAUGGGCCACUCGUGUCGCAAUGAGGAUGCCUCGGUUUGAGGGACACACACAUGCCCAGCCGCACACUCUUCAGCACUUUGGGAGAAGAAGAAGUGAGGGCUAAGAAAAGACAAAGAAGAAGAAGUGGAGGAGGAAAAAGAGUGUGAAGAAGAAAGGGAAGGCCAGUGGUUUUGAACGCUGUAGUGAGGGAGGAGAAGUGGGGGGCAGGUGAAAAGUAAGCGGGGGGUCAUGUACCCGAGUGAGGGCGUUUUAGCGGGGCCGGAGGAGAGGGGAGCCAAAGGAGGAGUCCUUGCCCCCGGGCUCCCCCUCCUCCAGCAGAUCGGCUGCUGGCAUCUGAAUCUCAGUGGCUGGUCUAAUAAAGUCCCAGUGGUACAGCACCCUCACCACGUGCACCCGCUCACGCCUCUGAUCACCUACAGCAAUGAGCACUUCACACCGGGCAACCCCCCUCCGCACCUACAGGGAGACGUGGACCCCAAAACAGGAAUUCCAAGGCCUCCACAACACCCAGACAUAUCUCCCUAUUACCCUCUAUCGCCUGGCUCUGUAGGGCAGCUCCCCCAUCCGCUAGGCUGGUUAGUACCACAGCAAGGUCAACCUGUUUACCCAAUCACGACAGGGGGUUUUAGACACCCCUACCCGACUGCGCUCACUGUCAACGCAUCCAUGCAAAGUUUUCUGUCCUCCAGGUUCCCACACCACAUGGUCCCCCCUCACCACAGUUUGCACCAGACCGGCAUCCCCCACCCUGCCAUCGUCACGCCCAACGUCAAGCAGGAGUCCUCCCACAGCGACAUAGGCCUCAACAGCUCUACUAUACUGUACACACUCCACAGGAAACACCAGGACUCGAAAAAGGAGGACGAGAAGAAGAAGCAGCCUCACAUAAAGAAGCCUCUGAAYGCCUUCAUGCUCUACAUGAAGGAGAUGAGGGCCAAGGUGGUGGCCGAGUGCACGUUGAAAGAGAGCGCCGCCAUCAACCAGAUCCUGGGACGAAGGUGGCACGCCCUAACACGAGAGGAGCAGGCGAAAUACUACGAGUUGGCCCGGAAAGAGCGACAGCUUCACAUGCAGCUCUACCCCGGCUGGUCAGCACGAGAUAACUAUGCGGGUAACCAACAGGGCAAAAAGAAGAAGAGAAAAAGGGAUAAGCAGCCAGGAGAGGGCAAUGAACACAGAGAAUAUUUUCCAAACCCUUGCCUUUCACUCCCUCCGAUUACAGACCUGAGCGCUCCUAAGAAGUGUCGAGCGCGCUUUGGGCUUGAUCAGCAGAAUAACUGGUGUGGCCCAUGCAGGAGGAAAAAAAAGUGCAUUCGCUACAUCCAAGGUGAAGGCAGCUGUGCCAGUCCUCCCUCUUCGGACGGCAGCUUACUAGACUCCCCCCCAUCCUCCCCCUCCUCGGUGGCCCCCUCCCCCUCCUCGAAAGAGUCCAAACCUCAGACUGAACAAAUGCAACCUCUCUCACUGACAAUGAAACCGGCCCACCAGCCUCUCCACUACCCGCACCGGCACCUCCUGGCUGGGCAUCCUCCUCCGCCAUCUUUGGUUCUGCUGGAAAACUCUGCUGCUGCAGCGGGUAAAAUGCCUGGCGCAGCCCACAACGGAGCCCAUGACCACGGCAAUGUCUCGUCCUCGCGGCAACCGGGCUCCUCAGGCGCCUCCCUGGCCAGGCCCUCGGCAGCAUCGCUGUGUCAUUCCCACUCGCUACACCCCAACUCCACGGCCCCUCAGCCUCUGUCGCUCGUGACCAAGUCUAUAGAGUAGCCUCCCUCCUUAUUCACUCCUGUCCUUCCUUCCUAUUUUUCUAGCUCUGCACACCUCUAUUCGGGCCCUCUUUCUUUUCUAUCUUUUUGUCUAUUUCUGUGCCAUAAGGCUUUGAAAAUUAAUUAUUGUUUUAUCAAAGUUCAUUGGUCAAUAUUUGACCCAUCAUUAUCAAAAAAAUAUAUAUAAUUAUUAUAAUGAAUGAAUAAUACAAAGAGCUGUAGAGUAUAGCUUUGGGAAUCUGCCAACAUUUUCUUAACUUUUUUUUUUUAUUAUUUUUUAUUUUGUAGUGUUAAACAGUGCAACAGAAAAUGUUUAUGUAGUUCCACUUAAACAUGUUUAAAUGACAGAUAUAAAAAUGUAGGUUAGAUGAUUAUUCAAUGAGCCCUUUUCUUGAAAGAGUUGGUUCUCCUUCAUUAUUUGUAUUAAAUACGAGCUUGCGAACCAAUCAUUUGACACCCGUACAAACCCUGGAGGGCAUGAGGAUCGUGGAGACACCUCUCUUACUGAGGAACAACUUUAAUUGUGAUGUUACUUGUUCUUCUUUAAAUGUACAGAAAUAUUGGUGUGUGUGUGGGGGGGGGGGUAUUGUUUAAUGUGCAUUGUUCCAUUACGUUGUCUUUUUUGUUGUUGUUUACUUUGGGGGUGGAGUCCAGGUGGGGUGGUUGGACUUGGAGGGGAGACAGGG